CUGUAGAUGCAUGACACACACACACACACACACACACACACACACACACACACACACACACACACACACACACACACAUAAUUAGGUCUAUUUCAGGUAUAGUUUGUAACCCUAUAUAAGGGGUACCUAUAUAAUGCACCGUAUAAAACAUCUCAUUCUGGGUUAUUUCUCUAUAACAUACAUCGUAAUAAUGUUAAUGCUUUUAUGUGAGGUCAGUAAUAUUUCACUGUUCUGUUGUGUAGAUGAUGUUCACUCUUCUGUUGUGUAGGUGUUGUUCAUUCUUCUGUUGUGUAGAUGUUCACCCUCCUGUUGUGUAGAAGCUGUUCACUGUUCUGUAGAUGGUGUUUAGUUGUGUAGAUGUUGUUCACUCUCCUGUUGUGUAGUUGUUCACUUUCCUGUUGUGUAGAUGUUCACUCUUCUGUUGUGUAGAUGUUGUUCACUCUCCUGUUGUGUAGAUGUUGUUCACUCUCCUGUUGUGUAGAUGUUGUUCACUCUUCUGUUGUGUAGAUGUUGUUCACUCUUCUGUUGUGUAGAUGUUGUUCACUCUCCUGUUGUGUAGAUGUUGUUCACUCUCCUGUUGUGUAGAUGUUGUCCACUCUUCUGUUGUGUAGAUGUUGUCCACUCUUCUGUUGUGUAGAUGUUGUUCACUCUUCUGUUGUGUAGAUGUUGUCCACUCUCCUGUUGUGUAGAUGUUGUUCACUCUCCUGUUGUGUAGAUGUUGUUCACUCUCCUGUUGUGUAGAUGUUGUUCACUCUCCUGUUGUGUAGAUGUUCACUCUUCUGUUGUGUAGAUGUUGUUUACUCUUCUGUUGUGUAGAUGUUGUUCACUCUCCUGUUGUGUAGAUGUUGUUCACUCUCCUGUUGUGUAGAUGUUGUUCACUCUUCUGUUGUGUAGAUGUUCACGGCAGGCUUCCUCCUUAUUUGGCUAUGUGAUUGUUAUUAAACCUGAUUGCGUCAUUAACUGCUGGAUGAUGAUCCGCUAAUGAUCUGCCGUCUCGUAUUUUAUUCCUCUUCAUCCCAUCUGAUCGGGAGCUGUAGCAGCAUUGCUCUUUCCGUUUUCUCUCGUCUUUUGCCUCAUCAUUUCCUCUAAUUGCAUCACUCUCUUCUUCCUGCAGACUCAAAAUGCUGUUAGCUCACCUCUCGCUCCCAUGCUGCUAUUUAUACACCACCGUCUCACUGUUAGCCAAGAGACCCGUGACCCAUACAUCCUCUCAUGUACACACCUUCUACACACCUUUAUACACAUUUACACACCUGCACACCUUUACACACCGUCCACGCACCUUUACACACCGUCCACACACCGUCCACGCACCUUUACACACCGUCCACGCACCUUUACACACCGUCCACACACCGUCCACGCACCUUUACACACCGUCCACGCACCUUUACACACCGUCCACACACCGUCCACGCACCUUUACACACCGUCCACGCACCUUUACACACCGUCCACGCACCUUUACACACCGUCCACGCACCUUUACACACCGUCCACGCACCUUUACACACCGUCCACACACCGUCCACGCACCUUUACACACCGUCCACGCACCUUUACACACCGUCCACGCACCUUUACACACCGUCCACACACCGUCCACGCACCUUUACACACCGUCCACACACCGUCCACGCACCUUUACACACCGUCCACGCACCUUUACACACCGUCCACGCACCUUUACACACCGUCCACGCACCUUUACACACCGUCCACACACCGUCCACGUACCUUUACACACCGUCCACACACCAUCCACGCACCUUUACACACCGUCCACACACCGUCCACGCACCUUUACACACCGUCCACGCACCUUUACACACCGUCCACACACCGUCCACGCACCUUUACACACCGUCCACACACCUUUACACACCGUCCACACACCGUCCACACACCUUUACACACCGUCCACGCACGUUUAUGCACCUUCUAAACCCCUUCUACAUACAUGUAUACACAUUUGCACACCUACACACCUUUACCCGCUUUCUACACAUCUUCUUCACAUCUUUAUGCACCUUCUAAACCCCUUCUACACACCUUCUAAACCCCUUCUACACACCUUCUAAACCCCUUCUACAUACAUUUACACACCUUCUACACACCUUUAUACACCUUCUACACAACUUUACACACCUUCUAAACCACUUCUACACACCUUUACCCUUUCGCACAAUUUUAUACACCUUUAUCCAACUUCUGUAUACCUUUACACUCCUUUACACCUCUACACACCUUUACAUAUCUUCUGCAAACCUUUACACACUUUUACACCCCUCUCCACAACUUCUAUAUACAUUCUACACACCUUUCCACACCGUCUAUACACUUUUACAGACCUUCUACACAUCUUACACACCUUUUAGACACAUUUACACACAUUCUAUACAACACACACCUCCUACAUACCUUUUUUACACAGCAACUAUAGAACUUUACACAACUUCUACACACAUUUACCCACCAUCUAUAUACCUUUACCCACCUUCUCCACACUUGAACAUACCUCCUACAUUAAUUUACACAACUUCAGUACACCAUUACACAACUUCUACACACUUUUACCCACAAUCUAUAUUCUAUUCAAUUAAAUUUUAUUUGUAUAGCGAUUUUUAAAACUGGACAUCAUCACAAAGCAGAUUUACUAUAUACCUUUACAUACCUUCUACACACCUUCUUAACCCUUUCUACCCACCUAUUAUACACUUUUACCUUUUCUUCUACACAUCUUUUACAUAACCUUUUUACACCUUCUACACAUCAUCUGUGCAAUAAAAGCAACAAAAUGUUCAGUUUGGUGUAAGAUGCAGAAUAUUUAUUUAUUUAUUUAUUUGACAGUUUCUCUGUAAUAAUAAUAAUAAUAAUAAUAAUAAUAAUAAUACUUUGUG